AUGACAGCCGCUAGUGAAUCUAAAUACUCUGAGGAAGUCCUUUCCGAGUUGUUAGGCAAGUUGCAAGUUGCCGAGAACAAGGAUGAAGCUGCUACUAACAUUGCAACCUUUUUGAACUCGUCCAUUGUGGAGCACGAUGUUCCCGUUGAGUUUUUCGCUGACUUGAAGAAGCAAUUGAAGUCGAAGGAGCAAAAGACGGUGAUUGCUGCUUUGGACGCCUACAAGCACAUUUCGUCUGCCAACGACUUGAGCCCUUCGGUCGAACCCUACAUUGUUGACAUGGUUGACGAAGUUGCCACUAAAUCCGGCGACAAGAACAAGGAGGUGCAAGUGGCCGCCAGCAAUGCCUUGUUGGCCAUUGCUGCAGCCAUCACCCCGACUGCUGUCAAGGCCAUCUUGCCCAAAUUGCUUGCCAAUUUGCAAAACACCAACAAGUGGACCGAAAAAGUAGCCAUCUUGGCUGCCAUUUCGCAAUUGGUGGACACCGCCAAUGCCCAAAUUGCAUUGAGAAUGCCCGAGUUGAUCCCCGUUUUGUCCGAGGCCAUGUGGGACACCAAGAAGGAAGUCAAGGAUGCUGCUACCAGCACCAUGACCAAAUCCACUGAAACAAUUGACAAUAAGGAUAUCGAAAAGUUUAUUCCUAAAUUGAUUGAAUGUAUUGCUAAUCCAUCCGAGGUUCCAGAAACGGUGCACUUGUUGGGUGCCACCACUUUUGUUUCCGAAGUCACCAUGGCCACUUUGUCCAUCAUGGCCCCCUUGUUGUCUAGAGGUUUGGCUGAAAGAGACACUGCUAUUAAGCGUAAGGCUGCUGUUAUUGUUGACAAUAUGUGUAAGUUGGUUGACGACCCACAAGUUGUUGCUCCAUUUUUGGAAAAGUUGUUGCCCGCUUUGAAGGCCAACUUUGCCAACAUGGCCGACCCUGAAGCUAGAGACGUUACCAAUAGAGCCUUGAACACUUUGAGAAGAGUUGGUGCUAUUGGUGAAGGUGACAAGAUUCCUGAAAUCUCGACAGCUGGUGAUGUCGAUGUCACCUUGGGCGAGUUGAACAAGUUGUUGGCUGACAAGAAGAUUGCCAAGAGAUUUGACGUUGCCUUGAACUAUAUCGCUGCUAUCGCUGGUGACUUGGUUGACGAAAGAGAAAUCCAACCAGAGGCUUGGUUACAAAAUACCUUGCCUUUUGCUACCAUCUUUUUGCACGAAAAGGAAGGUAAGGACAUCAUUGAAGAAUUUAGAAAGAGAGCUAUUGACAAUAUUCCUCAACCACCUUCUUUUGAAGACGAAGAAGAUGAAGGUGAAGACUUGUGUAACUGUGAGUUUUCAUUAGCUUAUGGUGCUAAGAUCUUGUUGAACAAGACCCAAUUUAGAUUAAAGAGAAAUAGAAGAUAUGGUUUGUGUGGUCCAAAUGGUGCCGGUAAAUCGACUUUGAUGAGAGCCAUUGCCAAUGGUCAAGUUGAAGGUUUCCCAACUCAAGAGGAAUGUAAGACUGUUUACGUUGAACACGAUAUCGAUGGUACCCACGCUGAAACCACCGUUGUUGAGUUUGUUAUCGAAGAUGGUGAAGUUGGUUUGACCAAGGAGGUUGUCGAAGACAAGUUGAGAGAAUUUAGUUUCUCGGAAGAGAUGAUCAACAUGCCUAUUCAAUCCUUGUCUGGUGGUUGGAAGAUGAAGUUGGCCUUGGCUAGAGCCGUGUUGAAAAACGCCGAUAUCUUGUUGUUGGAUGAGCCAACCAAUCAUUUGGAUACCGUUAACGUUGCUUGGUUGGUUAACUACUUGCAAACCUGUGGUAUCACCUCCAUCAUUGUCUCGCACGAUUCCGGUUUCUUGGACAAGAUUACCCAAUACAUUAUCCAUUACGAAGGUUUCAAAUUGAGAAAAUACAAGGGUAAUUUGUCUGAGUUUGUCAAGAAAUGCCCAUCGGCUCAAUCCUACUAUGAAUUGGGAGCCUCUGAUUUGGAAUUUAAAUUCCCUGAACCAGGUUUCUUGGAAGGUGUCAAGACCAAGCAAAAGGCUAUUGUUAAAGUUUCCAACAUGACUUUCCAAUACCCAGGUACCUCGAAGCCACAAAUUAGAGACAUUAAUUUCCAAUGUUCAUUGUCAUCAAGAAUUGCCGUUAUUGGUCCUAACGGUGCCGGUAAGUCCACUUUGAUCAAUGUCUUGACUGGUGAGUUGUUGCCAACCGAAGGUGAAGUUUACGUUCACGAAAACUGUCGUAUCGCAUACAUUAAACAACACGCUUUUGCCCACAUUGAUAACCACUUGGACAAGACCCCAUCGGAGUAUAUUCAAUGGAGAUUCCAAACUGGUGAAGAUAGAGAAACCAUGGACAGAGCCUCUAGACAAAUCAACGAAGAAGAUGAACAAAACAUGAACAAGAUUUUCAAAGUUGAAGGUACCCCAAGAAGAAUUGUUGGUAUCCAUGCUAGAAGAAAGUUUAAAAACUCUUAUGAGUAUGAAAUCUCAUGGUCUCUUGGUGAAAACAUUGGUAUGAAGAAUGAAAGAUGGGUGCCAAUGAUGUCUGUUGACAACACCUGGUUGCCAAGAGGUGAGUUGAUGGAAACCCACGCCAAGUUGGUUGCCGAAGUCGAUAUGAAAGAAGCUUUGGCUUCGGGUCAAUUUAGACCAUUGACCAGAAAGGAGAUUGAAGAGCACUGUGCCAUGUUGGGUUUGGAUGCCGAAUUGGUGACCCACUCGAGAAUCAGAGGUUUGUCCGGUGGUCAAAAAGUCAAGUUGGUGUUGGCUGCUUGUACAUGGCAAAGACCUCACUUGAUUGUGUUGGAUGAACCAACCAAUUACUUGGACCGUGACUCUCUUGGAGCCUUGUCCAAGGCCUUGAAGGCAUUCGAAGGUGGUAUUGUUAUCAUUACCCACUCGGCCGAGUUCACCAAGGACUUGACCGAAGAAGUCUGGGCUGUCUUGGAUGGUAGAAUGACUCCAUCCGGCCACAAUUGGGUCCAAGGCCAAGGUGCUGGUCCAAGACUUGAGAAGAAGGAAGACGAAGAAGACAAAUUCGAUGCCAUGGGUAACAAGAUUGCCGCUGCCAAGAAGAAGACCAAGUUGUCCUCUGCCGAAUUGAGAAAGAAGAAGAAGGAGAGAAUGAAGAAGAAGAAGGAAUUGGGCGAUGCCUAUGUUUCCGAAGACGAUGAAGACUUUUAA